AUGUAUUCUGUAGACUGGGUGCGCUCGAAUCAACAGUCACAGGAGCUGCAACAAAAGGAGAGAGCGACUAGAGACGAGCAAGCGUUCUUCAAGGCGUUGCGGCUCAAGGACGUUCUCAUGACCUUGCAAGAGAAUUUGAGCACGUUGAAUCUUCGGAUCCGCACAAUGGCAAUCAUUGGAACCGUCAAAGCGUUGACGCCCCACCAUGGUCUACCGGCGAAGAUUUGUUCAACGCUGAAGCGCCCUGUGAUCUCAUUGCACAUGCAUCAACAAAUUCUCGAACAAAUGGAUUUCCAGUUAGCUGGACCUCAUGGAGGACCCCUGGACGACCUGGGAGCCGAUGGUCUUUACCCCUGUCCGCUUUGCGAAUCCUCGUUCGAUAAUAAAGAUUCGCUCGAGGAUCACAUGGACUCCCAUCAGCAGGACCGGGGAAUACUCGAAUGCGAUUUUUGUGGCAAGGAAUUCACGUCGAAACUAGAUCUCACCAAACACACUGCGUUACAUGCACAGGAAUCGCAAGGCGAUCCCCAAUGUCAGCUAUGCGGCAAGUAUUUUGCCACACGAGAGGAGGCCGUCAUGCAUUUAAAGGUUCACUCCGCAGCGGGUUCGCCGGGUCGGGUCGUCAAGCAACGCAAGUUCAAAUGCGAAAGAUGCGAUCGCUCGUUCUUCACUCGUAAAGACGUGAAACGUCACAUGGUUGUUCAUACAGGACAGCGGAAUUUCGUUUGCCAAUAUUGUCCACAGAAGUUCGGAAGGAAGGACCACCUUGUUCGACACACCAAGAAAACUCACACCAAUAAUAAUAACAACAACAAUUCCGCAAAUAACAACAAUAAUAACAAUAGUAAUAACAACAACAACAACAACCAGUCAAACAACAACGGCAACAAUAACAACAACAACAACAAUGGCAACAGCCACAACAACAAUCAAAACGGACUCAACAGUAUCGGCCCGAGCGGAACGGUGCCCUUGUCGGAUCCCGGAGUCAGUUCCACCACAGGACUUCUUCCACCCGAGCCCGGACCGCCGCUAUCCCCGCUCCUGCCGCAGAUCAUGAUGUCUUCUCACUCUGUUCAAGCCCCCUCGACACCCACCGAAGUUAAGCAAGAACAGCCUAUAGCGUCUGUGUUCAACUACGGUGACAUGUCCCCGGUUCACCAGCAACAACAAUUUCAUGAAGACGUGGUUGUGCCCCAGUCCCCUCACCAUCUGACGCCGUUAGCGACGACUAGCUCUUCUAGCCAGCUGAUCGUGACAGGUCCGCCGGUCACAGUCCUGCCGGUGUCUCAAGGUCAAGUCGGCACGGGGGUCAACCAAAAUAUUCUACAGUCGGGGAAAGAUCCUCUAGUUUCACACUCAUCGUGGGCACCAUCUGCUUACAUAUCACCUUCGUUCUCGUCUUAUUUCAUCGACGACGAGAAUCGGAACGCGAUACCGGUUCUCAAGCACGAAGCAUCAUCAACGAACACUGUGACAACCCACUCGGGAGUUCCUAGCAUGGAUUUCCAUCCAAGCUCGACAUCAAGUUCCUACUUCACACUCAUGCCGAUCAUCUCACAGAACACCACCAACUAUUAUAAUGUCGGUCAAAGUGGGAUGGGUGUCGUCAGUAGUUUAUCCCCGCUAUCACCAACUUCCCCCCAGACCACAACGCCUUUAACUCCACCUCUUGUUGACGGCUUGGGCUCUCCUUUGCCACAUUUCAGUCAAGCUUUUCAGUAA